ACUCAGCUCCACAUGGCCUCAGCCUGGUCUGAAGAAGAGGGCUUUGCCUGCCCGGUUUGUCUGGACACCCUGAAGGACCCUGCCACUCUGCCCUGUGGACACUCGUACUGCUUGGCGUGUAUAACAAGCCACUGGGACAAAGGAGACAGCAGGGGUGAGUACACCUGCCCCCAGUGCAGGCAGGUCUUCAGCCCGAGGCCCUCACUGUCAAAGAGCACAUUGCUAGUGGAGGCCAUGGAGAAGCUGAGAACCAACAGCCUCAAGCACAGCUCCUCCACAGCCACCUCCUCAGCCCCGCCAUCGAUGCCCAUCUAUUUGGAAGUGCUGCCGGACAUAAGGCCACCACGACAGGGCAGCGUGUACCCACAGCUUCCCUCUGUGGAGCCCAGACCUUGCUCUAAACACAAGCAGCCCCUGGACUUGUUUUGCCAUGAAGACAAGGAGAGUGUGUGCGAGAUGUGUUGCCAGCAAGGACACAAGGGGCAUCGUGUUCUCAAACCACAAGAAGAAAGGAAAGAGAGACAGAAAGAGCUUGUUCAGAUGCAGGCAGAGGUAGGCAGAAGAAUCCAGGGGACUGAGAGGAAGCUGAAGGAGGUUCCACAUUCUGCUCGUCAGCACAAGGCCUUGGUCCAGGCUCUGCAGAACGAGAGCGCAGAUUUAUUCUCCGAGUUAGAAAAGAAUGUGAAUCAAACAGGCUCAGAGGUUGGUGAGCUGCUUUGCGGCCAUGAGGCCUCCUUAGGCAGCCAGGUCGAGGGGCAGAUACACAGCAUGGAGCAGGAGGUGGCGCAGCUCCGCUGGAAGAGUGAAGAGUUGAGCAGACUGGCUGACAUGCAGGACGACAUCUGCUUCUUGAAGAAUUUCCUCACCAUGGAGCCGCUGGGUCAGACGGGAGCCACGGGGGAGUCGGUGCUGAGGCAGGAGGAGGCUGUGGUCGCCUCCAUCCGCUCAGCCAUGAAAGAGCUGCAAGAGUCGGUUCACGACCUCUGCAAAGCCAGCCUGGCCAAGAUCGCCACAAUAGUGAACCGUGACUCAGUGGCUUCAGCACCCAAUGGUGAAGGACCAGCACCAGCACCAGCAGCAGCAGCAGCAGCAGCAGGCACAACAACAGCUGAUCAUUCAGGUCGGACCACUGUCCAAGACACAGUGUAUGAGUCGACAGUAAACCCUCCUCCUUUGCCACCUCCAAGGCCUCAAGCCUCAGCCCCCCCUGCACCCUUCCCUCCUCCCCGACCUCAAGCAUCUUCAGUAAAAACAACUGGACUGGCGAAUCCAGAACCAAAAACUAGAGGAGAAAUGUUAAAAUUUCGCUUUGAACCCACCAUGGACCCCAACACGGUGUAUCGACACGUGCAGCUGUCAGACGGCGGUCAUAAGGCCACGAUGCGGGCGGAGAACCUGAACCCACCGGACCAUCCUGAACGCUUCCAGUUCUGGAGGCAGGUUCUCUGCAGAGAGCCGCUGGGAGGGAGUCCUUACUACUGGGAGGCGGAGUGGACUGGCCAGAAGGUCACCAUUGGUGUUGCCUACAAAGAGAUAGAACGGAAGGGUUCUGAUGACAAGAGCCGUUUGGGCCACAAUGCUCAGUCCUGGAGCCUGUACUGGUCUGGGACCGGCUUUUCCUUCUGGCAUGAUGGCAAGGAAAAGCUGCUGGGCUCACCUAAGUGCAGACGGAUCGGCGUCUAUCUUGACCAGCACGCAGGAAUUCUGGCCUUUUACGGCAUCGCCAACAACCAGGCCAACCUGAUCCACCGGCACCAGGAAGAGUUCAGCGGCCCACUGUACCCAGGAUUCAGGUUCUGGGCAGGAAUAGGGGAUGCAGUGACGAUUUGCCAGUUAGACUGAGUUGUAUAUAAAUGAAAGGCUGCUGAAAUUUUGAUGAAGAAGUUGGAGAGAGGAAACAGAAACAUUCUCCAAAUGUUCUAAACAUGUCUUUGUAUGAAAAUGAAAGAGUAAUAAACACAUUUCAUCUAUAA